UUUUUUAGCAUCAGCGCCAACUUAUGUGCAGCGGAUGAUAUUGAAAGUAGCAAACAAAAGCCGGUUACUGCGCGCAGCAGUGUCCUUCCUCCAUUAUCCGAAGGAACAGAAGAGCAAUGUUCCGGCCAGCUUUGAAUUUGGCCCCAGUAUGUGGGCACCAACAGGUGCGUGGCAUGGCCACCCUGAAGGCCAUCCAGAUGCGCCUCAAGUCGGUCACAAACAUCCAGAAGAUCACUCAAUCCAUGAAGAUGGUGUCCGCUGCCAAGUACACCAAGGCUGAGCGUGAACUCAAGCAGGCCCGACCCCUCGGUCUGGGUGCCAAGGCUUUCUACGAGAAGGCGGAAGUUGCCCCUGAGGAGGGAAAGCCUCAGCAGCUGAUUGUCGCCAUCACCUCUGACAGAGGUCUGUGCGGCGCUGUCCACACCUCCGUUUCACGUCUGAUUCGCAAUGAGCUGAGCCAGCCUGGCGCUGAAAACAUCAAGGUUGUGUGUGUUGGAGAUAAGUCGAGGGCUAUUUUGCAAAGAUUAUACGGAAAACACAUUCUUUUCGUUGGCAAGGAAAUUGGACGCAAACCGCCAACCUUUGCCGAUGCUGGAGCUCUUGCUGAUGCCAUCCUCAGCAGCGGAUAUGAAUUUGCCUCUGGCAAGAUUGUCUACAACAAAUUCAAAUCUGUUGUGUCCUACACCACCACUGAGCUGCCUCUGUUCAGCUUGACCGCAGUUUCGAAUGCUCCUAAGCUCUCAGUUUACGAUUCCCUGGAUUCUGAGGUCAUUCAGAGCUACCUUGAGUUCUCGAUCGCCACCCUUUUGUACUACGCCAUGAAGGAGGGAGCCUGCAGCGAACAGUCCUCUCGCAUGACUGCCAUGGACAGCGCCUCUAAGAAUGCUGGUGAGAUGAUUGAAAAGUUGAGUUUGACCUUCAACCGAACUCGCCAGGCCGUCAUCACCAGAGAGUUGAUUGAAAUCAUUUCUGGCGCCUCUGCUCUGUAAAUAAAUUCGCCACGAAGCAGCAGUUGAUUUUCAGUAGAACACUUUUCCUGCCUCUACAAAAAGUUCUUAUGUUGUUAUGCUGGUACUGGACACGAUGUAAGAGCUCACGAUUUGGGAAUUCCCGGCUCAGGUGAAUCGUCUGUCAGCCCCCCAAAGAACGGAUCGAUUCACAUCGACUGAGUUAGAGAAUCAUUCCAAAUAAUGACCUCCUGCUAGGGCAUUUCCAGAAAUUGUUAAAAGAAAUAAAACUUAUGUAUCUCUGACAGGAAA